GUCAGACCCAAAGGACCUAACAAAGAAUGGUAAACAAACGAGGUUGCUUGAUCUUACCCUCGGUGAUGCCAAGUACGUAUUAUGAAUAUGUAAAAAUAAACAGUUAGCUGUAAUUUUCAUUUUUGACAUGCUUAUUACAUUUGUAGUGGAAAUACAAUUGCCUGCACUCUCUGGGAGAACAUGGUAGAAGAGUUCAUGGAUUUUCUUAAAACAAAACCGAAGUCAAUCACUCUUAUUCUUCAACGCUGCCGUGCUAAAAAAUUCCAGGGUCGGGUGGAGGUAACAAACAUGUUCCAUGUGACUAAGAUGAUACUGAAUAGCAACAGCGAGGAGUGUGCAGCUUUCAAUUCCACGUUCGGUCCAGAUAAUGAUGACGGUGGGGAUGCUUUAGCCAUAGCUACUUUUGUUACCCCUUCUUUUCAAGAUGACCUAACUGCUGGAAAAGUUCAGUUGGUAUCAAUUGCAGAUCUAAUGAAAAUGGAAGAGGAUGGAAAACACUGGAUCUAUGGAGAGAUAUUGACAAUAGACAGCUACAGAGAUUGGUACUACAUAUCUUGCAGAGGGUGCAGCAGAAAGGUGUGUCCUGAAGGUGACAAUUUCAGUUGUGGUGUGUGCAACACCAAAGAAGUAGUUCUAAGGUACAAAAUUAAUGUUAGGGUGAUGGAUGAGACAGG